AUGCCUGGAUUCCUAGAAGUCUUUGGGAAUCGCGACCCUUCAACCCCUAUGGGGUACAACAUUUCGCCUCUCCGCCAACAGCUCUUCGGCACGCUCCUGGUUUUGGGAAACAUCCUCUCCAGUGCAUUUUCGGGGGCGUCGCUCUUCAUUCCGGUCAUCUUCAUGCUCGGCGGCGUCUUCAUCGUCCCAGAGUCGCCAAGGUGGCUGUUGCUCCAAAAUAAAGAAAACAAGGCGAGAAAGUCGCUCAAGGCCCUCAAACCGAAGUCUGAAUCCGAAGAAAACAUCAGUAUCGAGCUAUCGUAUAUGAAAGCAGCCAUCGACGAGGAAAAACGUCUCGCACGGGGCGUGGCAUUCAUGGACGUUUUCCGGCAUCCCGUGGAUCGGAGAAGGGCCCUGCUCGUGAUCGGCACGGCUCUGCUCAAUCCUAUCACCGGCAUCACUUGGCACGGAACUUACGGUACUUACAUGUUCCAAAUGGCGAACAUUAAGAAACCGUUCGAGCAGUCGGUCGGCCUGGCAGCAUCAUCAUUAGGGUUCUCCAUCCUGAACACCUUGUUCAUCACAAGAAUGGGCUACAGACGCCGAUGGCUGGUUACAGGGCUGUUUAUUUGCGCAGUUUGUAACGUGGUGAUGGCAGCGGCCUACACUGCCUCUCCGGGCAGCCGUGCAUCCGGCAUUGUCACAAUCACGAUGUUCCACGUCUUCAACAUAGGCUACAUUGGUAUGGUACUCACCUUCUCGCGGUUGACUUGUGGGGAGCUGCCGUCGCAGCGCUUACGAGCCUUGACAUUGGGAUUCGCCUUCGGCGUGGCCUCGUUUGGAGAAUGGGUCUGCAGCUUUAUUGCGCCGUACUUCCUGAACCCUGACGCCCUGGGGUGGAAUGCCAAAUUUGCUUAUCUUUUCGCACCCGGAUGCGUCCUAGGAGCUAUUUGGGUAUACUUCUAUGUCCCCGAAGUUAAAGACAGAAGGCUCGAAGAGAUCGAUGAGAUGUUCCUAGCUCGACUGCCUGCGAGGAAGUUCAGCAAGUACGAGUGCACAGGUAUCGGCGCGUUGAUGGCUGAGAAUGAAAGCAACACGAGCAUUGGCAACGUCACGGAAAAGAAGGACGAAAUGACGGUCAUUACUAGGGCAUUGAGCAAUCCUGCCUAG